AUGUCAAAAAGAAUAAUUUUAUUUUAUAUUUUUUCAUAUUUAUUGUCAUAUUCAAGAUCACAGCUCUAUCCUACAUGUGAUGUUGGUCUAAAUCCAGUCUCCCCAGUUGUCUAUGCCAAAGAUGUUUACCUAAGUGAUUUCAAUAUAUUCCUUUCAAUUGGAGAUACUGUUUUAUCGGGAUUCGCUGCAAACGAUGCAUCCAAUGCUUCUGUAAACGAGUACCGUGGUCUUUCAUUUGUUACUGGUAACUCUACAAAUGCUUGGACCAUCCGUAAUAUCUUUACUACUGGAACAGGUGCUGCAAUUUAUGGUGGAUCAGCUAAUUUGUUAAAUGGUAUUCGUGGUACCAAUGUUUACUAUCCAACCUAUGAUGGUUUAAAUGGUGCUUCCAAAGGUAAUGAACAAAGUCUAGACUCACAAAUGAGUUUUGUAAUCAAUCAAGGUUCUGCAUACUUUGGAGGUAGCACCUUUAACAAUACCAAAUGGAAGAUGGUCAAUGUAUACAUUGGACUCUUCAAAGCAUGUUCAAUUUGCUCUGGUAUUGAAGCUGCAUACCAAACAAUGCCAGGAUUUUGGCAAAGCUAUUAUUAUGAUCUAAUUACCAGUCUCACUGCAGCAUUCCCAAACAAAGCAAUUAUUAAUAUGAUUGGUUUGCCACAACUUAGUCAAUUUUACUCUAGUACACCAUCAAAUUGUAAAACAUAUAAUCAAGCAAACAAUAUAUGCCCAUGUCUCUGGUCUCAAUCGAGUACCACAUUGAAAAGUGUUAUCGAUGCAGCCAAUCAAGGUUUGAAAAAUGCCAUACAAUACUGGAGAUCCGAUGUCGACCAAACUACCACUACAGUAGGUGUUGUCUACCAGCCAUUCAUGACCAACACCACCUAUACCUCAGGUACAUUGUCAGCGGUCGAUUGUUUCCACCCAAGUGCAACCGGUCACAAGCUAAUGACAAUCGGUCUCUGGAACAACAUUCGUCAGAAGGCCUCAGGAGAUAAAGCAACCUCGGUUACCACCUCCACCGAUUUGAUAUGCGAAGAUACAUUCGACGGUGUCUACGAUCCAAACGGUCUAUAUUAA